AAGCUCAGCGAUAGUUUCGAAGAACACACCUGUCUAGCAGUUAUUAAAGUCCAUUUAUAUUUUGCUGCUAAUUCUUCUUUUGGAACCAUGACAAAACUGUCCGAGGGCGCGAUAGAGGCCUUGGGAAAUGGCAGCGGUUGGAACGAAGCAGUUCUGCAGUUGGUGAACAUACGCAAGAUAGAUGGAGGAAAUGGGCCAGUUCGCUUUAGGGUGAUGAUGAGCGAUGGACGUCACACUCUCUCAUCUUUUAUGCUCACCACCCAGCUGAACUACAUGGCUGAGGAGAACAUACUGGUCCAAAACUGCGUGUGCAAUCUCAAGAGACACGUGACCAACAUACUGAAGGAUGGACGGCGAGUCAUAAUCAUUUUGGAAAUCGAUGUUCUUGAUGAAGAGGUUGAUGGUAGAAUUGGAGACCCUACUCCUUACUUUGAUGGUCAAAAUAAAAGCCUCCAGCAAGCGCCAGCACCAGUCCCUCCAGCCAGACCCCCACUACAGCAGCAACAUAACAAGACUGAAGUGAGCAGAGGUUACAAAAGAGAUUUGUUCAAGACGGCUCCAUCUGCUACACCAAAUACUCCAGGGGGGGGCUCCAAAGUUGUGCCUAUUGCCAGCCUCAACCCCUACCAGUCCAAGUGGACAGUCCGUGCCCGUGUAACCAACAAGAGCAGCAUUCGUACGUGGAGCAACUCUCGGGGUGAUGGCAAACUCUUCUCCAUGGAGAUCGUAGAUGAGAGUGGUGAAAUCCGCGUUACUGGCUUCAACCAAGAAGUGGACAAGUUUUAUUCUUUGAUCGAAGCUGGCAAGGUCUACUACUUCUCCAAAGGUUCGCUGAAAAUUGCCAACAAGCAGUACACGUCGGUGAAAAACGACUAUGAGAUGACGCUCAACGGGGAGUCCACCAUCAUCCCCUGUGAGGACAGCUGUGACGUUCCCGUGGUGCAAUGUGACUUUGUCUCCAUCGGUGACUUGGAGAACAGAGACAAGGAUGCCAUUGUUGAUGUGAUCGGAGUGUGCAAGAGUGUGGACGAGGUGACCCGCCUCACAACAAAGACGAACCGUGAAGUUUCCAAGAGAACACUAAGUCUGAUGGACAUGUCUGGGAAGAUGGUGACAGUCACACUGUGGGGAGAGGAGGCAGAAAAGUUUGAUGGCGCUGGACAACCUAUUCUUGCCAUUAAGGGUGCAAAGCUCUCAGACUUUGGAGGCCGGUCGCUUUCUGCGUCCUUCAGCAGCACCAUGAUGAUCAACCCUGAUAUCCCAGAGGCGUACAAGCUCAGAGGCUGCACCAGCUUUCAGACCCCCGAGGGUCCAGGGACCCCAGCCGACUACUACAGCUGCACAGCCACCAUAGUGUAUCUCCGUAAGGAGAAUUGCCUUUAUCAGGCCUGCCCGAGUCAAGAUUGCAACAAAAAAGUGGUGGACCAGCAGAACGGCAUGUUCCGCUGCGAGAAGUGUGAUAAAGAGUUCCCCAACUUCAAAUACCGCCUCAUCCUGUCUGCCAACAUUGCAGAUUAUGGGGACAACCAGUGGGUGACUUGCUUCCAGGAGAGUGCAGAGGCCAUUCUGGGCCAGAAUGCAGCUUACCUGGGCCAGCUCAAAGAUUCGAAUGAAGCUGCGUUCGAUGAAGUCUUCCAGCAGGCAAACUUCAACACUUUCGUCUUCCACAACAGAGUGAAGAUGGAGACAUAUAAUGAUGAAUCGAGGAUUAAAGCCACAGUGCUGAUGGCGAUGCCGGUCGAUCACAUAGAUUACAUCAAGAGGAUGAUAGUGAACAUACGCUUCAUGGCUGCAAAGUAAAAACUGACCCUUUUUCUAGAGUUUUGAGUUUGUUUCUUCACUUCUUGUACAGCUAAUAAGAUUUAAACGUGUUCCAAUUUCCACAGUUAAAGCAUUUAUGUCUUUAGAUUAUCUUUCUUUU